AUGGAUAAUAGAAAGAGGAUUUAUACCUACAAUUCACCUUGGGUUAUAUAUGGAUUAUCGUGGAGUAAUCGAGUUAAUAGACCUUUUAGAUUAGCAAUUGGUUCAUUUUUAGAAGAUUAUACAAAUAGGGUUGAUGUUAUACAAUUAAAUGAAGAAACCGAUCAAUUCGAAGUUUUAUGUGGAUUAGAGCAUCCCUACCCACCAACUAAAUGUAUGUGGAUACCAGAUAAGAAUAAUACAAGACCCGAUUUAUUAGCAACCACAGGUGAUUAUUUAAGACUGUGGGAAGUAUCAUCAAAUCAAAGAUCGAUAAAAAUGAAGAGUUUAUUAUCAAAUAAUAAAAGUAGCGAAUUUUGUGCACCAUUAUCAUCAUUUGAUUGGAACGAAACAGAUCCAUCACUAUUAGCAACAUCAAGUAUUGACACUACAUGUACAAUUUGGAAUAUAGAAACAGGACAAGCUAAAACACAAUUAAUAGCACACGAUAAAGAGGUUUUCGAUAUAGCGUUUGCACGAGGAACUGAUUUAUUUGCAUCAGUAGGUGCAGAUGGAUCAUUAAGAAUGUUUGAUUUAAGAAAUUUAGAACACUCAACUAUUAUUUACGAAACACCAUCAUUUGUACCAUUACUACGUUUGUGUUGGAAUAAACAGGAUCCAAACUAUUUAGCAACAAUACAACAAGAUAGCCCAAAAGUUAUAAUUUUAGAUAUAAGAGUUCCAUCAGUACCUGCUGCUGAAUUGGUAUUUCAUAAGAGUGCAGUGAAUGGAAUUUCGUGGGCACCUCACUCAAGUUGUCAUAUUUGUACAGUUUCUGAUGAUAAACAAGCUUUAAUUUGGGAUUUAUCAUCAAUGCCAAAACCUAUUGAGGAUCCACUUUUAACAUAUAACGCACAAGCCGAAAUUAAUCAAUUAAAUUGGUCAAGUUCACAACCAGAUUGGAUUGCAAUAGCGUUUAGCUCUCAUUUACAAAUAUUAAAAGUUUAA